UAACAAACCAAAAUAAACUUGCGAAAUUGCUUAAUGGCAAACCAAAUGGCAAAACGUUUCUAUUUCUUUGCCAUCUUGGUUUUAGUUGUUAAAGUGCAGUUAAUAGAAGGUACUUGCACAAAAAUAGUGGGACGAUGUUCAGCAGCAGAUUGUGGUACACAAUGUAAAUCAUUUGCAAAAGGUGUUCGUACAGUAGCAUGGUCAUGUUCUUUCCUCAACUUAUGCACUUGUACUUUUGAUCAGCCUCCUCCUGGAUUAAUACAACCUACCUGCAAUGUUGGUUUGGGACUAUGCACUCGUGACUGUGGUCAAGCUUGUUGCAACGCUAAGUGUGUUAGCUAUUUUUUUAAUACAGGUGUUGGUAUUUGUGUUGAUGCAUUUAAUAUGAAUAUUUGUCUUUGUUCCUAUCAACGUUGACCUUAUUCUUAAUUCAGAUAAAGUCGCGUAGAUGGUUAUAUUAAUCAUCAUUUUGUAUUAUUACAAGUUUAUAUAUAAAAACAAAUAUAUUACAAUAAA